AUGGCGGAGCUUCAGGCAUCGCAGAAGGGCUUGGUGGUCAUAUUGGCAGCUGGACUGUCGGCCUGGAUUUGGUGGCUCAAGGAAAAGUCACGUAAAAAACUGCCACCAGGUAGCUUUUGGUCCUUGCCAUUUCUGGGAGAGACAUUGAGCUAUGUCCGAGAUCCUUUGGGCUUUAUCGAGGAAAAGCUCUCACGCUAUGGAGGCACUUGCAGGUCGCAUCUGCUCUUUUCUCCCACCGUGAUCUUGGGAGUGACCGAGGCCAAUGCGAAGCUGAUCUUCUCGGAGAAGGACUUGGCCUGGCCGAGACACUUCCAACAGUUGGUGGGCACCAGCUCCCUGCCCAUGGUGAAUGAUCCCCUUCACAAGAAGAUUCGGACGCUGAACUCUCGUGCCUUUGGAGAUCGACAGUUGGACUCCUACCUGCCAUGCCUACAAAGACUGUCUGCCAAGCAUUUGGAUGCAUGGGCUGAAACCGGAGGAAUUUCCACCUCCCAGGAUUUACACCUAGUCGUGAAAAAGUACGCCUUCGAGUGCGGUGAAGCUGUUAUCUUGGGAGUUGAGAAUGACCCGCUGACAACGAAUUCCUUGAUGCAGCUCUACGAAAACACCUUCAAAGGUCUGGGAUAUGUGGUGCCCUUGGAUAUUCCCGGAUUCCCCUUUCAUGAAUGUAUGAAGGCUCGAAAGCUGCUGGUACAGGAAUUCGAGACGCUUAUUGAGAAGAAGCGGCAGAAGCUGAAAGAUCCAUGUCGAAUGUUUCAAAUCAAUACUAUGCUGGAUACCAUGCUGCAGGCCGAAGGCAUGAACAGUGAGGAGGAGAUCUCAGAUUUCUGCGUUGCGAUGAUGUUCGCUGGCCACGAUACCACGCUCUGUUCGAUUCAAAGCUGCCUCCAUUGGCUGAAAGAGUGCCCUGAAGUGGAGGCCCUUUUACGGCAGGAGGUGCGAACUGCUUGGGAUGGUGAAGCCCGGGUCACUCGACAGCUCCUGGACUCUCUGGUGAAGACUCGGGCCUUCGUGCAGGAAGUCUGGCGUGUGAACCCUCCGGUGCAGGUCGUGACCCGAACCUUGAGAGAGGACACCGAAGUGGAUGGCUACCUGGUGCCAAAGGGAUGGGCCAUCACUUUUGCACCAGCUGGAAAGCAUAGCACAGCAGAGGAGAGCAAGUCCUUCUCCAUCCAGCGGCACUUGAGUGAGGGGAAAUUCCUGGACCGGACCUUUGAGGCCACCUACUUCGCUUCCUUUGGCGGAGGUAGCCGGAUGUGCAUCGGAUACAAGUUCGCCAGGGAUGAGAUGUUGGUUUUCCUUCUUCACUUCCUUCACGGCUAUGAUGUGAAGCUCCAACGCUCCAAGAUUCAACGAUUUCCUUUUCACUUCUGGCGCCUGGAAGGAAGUUUUCAGCGAGACAUCCCCUUGUUGCACGACCCAAGCCGCUGUUUGCAAGACAUCGGGGGCUGGGACGUGAUCACCAUGAUCAGCGAUCUGGAGAAUGUCACAUCCAUUGGCUCAGAGCAGGGGCGCAUUGUCGAAAGCCCCGGCAAUGACACCUUUCGUUUGGAGUUUGAUUCAGGCGGCAAGGUCACCAGCAAGAAGUAUGGUAAAGUCAUUUUGAGCCCAAAGCAGGGUGGUGGCAUCACGGUGACACCGAAGAACGCCGACUUGGUGGUGGUCUCCCCGCAGGCGGGGAAUUGCUUCGAUAUGGCUGACAUGAUCCCUCCCGUGCGAGGCAAUGCCUACGUGCUGGUGGUACCGAUCAACCCACUGUAUGCACCGCCUACGAGGAUCAUACCAAACUAUGAAAGAAUCCGUUUCGAGCUCCAUUUCGUGGCGGAAGACAUGACGGACACUCACAAGUUGCAACGCUUGCUAUUCCUGGCACACUGCUCUUUGCAGAGUGCUGUGGACUUGCUCUCGCCACGCUACACUCUGCUCUUCGUGCACGGUGCUCGUGCCAUUUUCGUUGAGAGAUCUUUAGCUCACCAUUUCUGCUCCCUAGAUGAGAGCGGCGAUGCAUGCGCCUCAGUGGAGGAGAUCUGGCACCGCGGCGCUGGGUGUGUGUCCAGUACUCUUCACCUCAUGAAGUCUGGCCUGGACAUCUUAGAGGAGGCCAAGGUCUUGGUAGACGCUGAGUGGCCCUGCAAGGACUACUUGUCCUUGGACCUGCCACAGAUGCCCUUGGAGCAACUGGUGAAGAAGUUGCCUGCCUCCAAGAGGCAUCUCUACGAUGAUCCGAUGUGCCGGACGCAGGGAAGCCUCUCUCGGCACGAGGUCACGGAUCCUGCUUCGUGGCCCCACCUGCCGGGACGUCAGCAUGCGAUCGCGGAUCGCGGGCAUUGUUUGAUCGAAGAGGGCCUUUGUGAGUGCUAUCCACCCUGGCGUGGCGAGCUUUGUGAGCAGUUGGAGCCAGGUGUCGAUACCGAUCGCGCGGAAGGGGUCACUGUUGGCGGCACGGUGAUUGUGACCAUGGCUUCGCGCGCGCGGCUCCAUGAGCUGCACUUCGGGCUCUCGAAUUGGUGGGAGAAGUUCAAUCAUCGCUUUGAUCACCCGGUUCUGGUCUUUCACCAGGGCCUGUCACCUCGUGAGGUGGCGGAGAUCAGGCAGUCGUCUCGGAACCGUGUGUGGUUUGCCAAUGUGGACCGCUUCUUUCGGAAGCCAGAAGCUUUGCCAACGGGACCUGGACGUUUGAUGGAAGCGACCGUCCCCGAGGGCUAUCGGCUCAUGUGUCGUUUCAAGGCCACCUUUGUCCUGGAUCAGCCAGCUUUGCAGGGCUUUGACUGGAUGCUGUGGUUGGAUUCGGAUUCCUAUUUCACUGGUGAUGUGGAAGAGGAUUUUGCUGCCAGAAUGAUUGAGCAGCAGGCGAUCUUCGGUUAUACGCACGUGGGACGAGAGGACGCUCCGGUGAUCAAGAACCUCUUUGACGUCGCCCUACUCUUUGAAGCCGCCGAACUGGGAGGCAGCAAAGAUCGUCCACCGGCCGCCAUGUCCUUGGACGAAGGUGGUGUUUUGAAUCAGGACCGUGCCUUCGAGGAGGGUUUCAGCGAGACGGCGCAGAACACCUACUUCGAGCGGAUCUUGUCGGUGAACUCUCCGCUGGAACGUGGCCACGUGUUGCCUUUCAGCUCGCCGGCCUGGAAGGGACAUGUCCCCUUGACCGAGCCUCGGAUUGGAUCGAUGAGUGGGGCGGCUGGUGGCUCUACCGCUGGGGGGGAUGCCGCCAUCCGAGCGGUACAGGUCUGGCUGAUGCUCGAGGCGAGGGAAUGCUAUGAGUUUUCGGACCUGGCUUAUGCGCAUCAGCACUUCUGCCGCUGUGCCCGCGAGAUCGACGCGCCCUGUACCUUCUUGGGCAGAGGAGCCAAGAUCUUUCGAUGGAGUUGCGAGAAAAAGCCGGAAGCCAGGAGUGUAUGGAGACUCUAUGGGAUCUAUGACCUAUGGAUGCCUAUGGGCAUAUAG